AUCCUUUCGUUUUGGUUCAUAUUAAAGAAGAAAAAAAAAAGAAAAGAGUUUUCCCGAGAAAAUUUCCAAUGUUCCCGGUCACAAGUCGCCGCCACUUCUCAUUCUCCCUAUAUAUGCUCCGUUCAUCUUCUCCACACAACCAUGUUCUCUACUCUUCCUCUUUCCUCCCUUCAUUUGUCUCAUCCAAAUCAUCUUCAACCAAAGAUAACCUAGAAACCUCUUCUCCUCCAAUGGCGGCGUGCAUCGACACGUGCCGAACCGGCAAACCUCAGAUUUCUCCUCGCAAUUCUUCCAGGUCUCACGACGAUGAAUCCGGUUUCCGUUACAUGAACUACUACCGCUCCGGUUACCCGGAUCGAUCUCCGAUCAACGUGACCCAGACCAGAACCCUCCACACCCGCCCGCUCCUUGAAGAUCUCGAUCGAGACGCCGAAAUCGACGACGUCUGGGCCAAAAUUCGACAAGAAGCCAAAUCUGAUAUCGAGAGAGAACCCAUCGUCUCCGGCUAUUAUCAAGCCUCGAUUGUCUCCCAGCGCUCGUUGGAGGCCGCGCUGGCUAAUACUCUCUCCGUUAAACUCAGCAAUUUGAACCUUCCCAGCAACACUCUGUUCGAUUUGUUCACCGGCGUUCUCGAAGAACACCCCGAAAUCGUUGAAUCGGUAAAGCAAGAUCUUUUAGCGGUCAAGGAAAGAGACCCAGCUUGCAUAAGCUACGUCCAUUGUUUCCUACACUUUAAAGGCUUCCUCGCUUGCCAAGCGCAUCGAAUCGCUCACGAGCUCUGGACCCAGAACCGAAAAAUCCUGGCUUUAUUGAUCCAGAACAGAGUAUCUGAGGCUUUUGCCGUUGAUUUCCAUCCUGGGGCUAAAAUCGGAACUGGGAUUUUGCUCGACCACGCUACGGCCAUCGUGAUCGGCGAGACGGCGGUGGUUGGGAACAACGUUUCGAUUCUUCACAACGUUACGCUCGGAGGAACGGGGAAACAGUGUGGAGAUAGGCAUCCGAAGAUCGGCGAUGGGGUCUUGAUUGGAGCUGGGACUUGUAUUUUGGGGAAUAUUACGAUUGGAGAAGGAGCCAAGAUCGGCGCCGGGUCGGUGGUGUUGAAGGAUGUGCCGCCGCGCACGACGGCUGUUGGAAAUCCGGCGAGAUUGCUUGGUGGCAAAGAUAAUCCGAAAAAGCACGACAAGAUUCCUGGUCUGACCAUGGACCAGACAUCGCAUAUAUCCGAGUGGUCGGAUUAUGUAAUUUGAAAAAAGUCUCUGUUUUUGUUGUUUAUUGCUUCUCAUCGGCUUCUCCUGUUAUCGAAGCUGUAGAACAUAUGAUAUGCGAUGGCUAGUGCAUGCUGUUUCUAUUAAUCAGAUCAUUUGUCUCUCUAUAAAGAUAGUCUGAUUAAGAUGGGAUUUUAAGUUAAACUCGGAAACUCUAAACGAUGUGUAGUGGAGUUUCCUGUGGUUGGUUUCUGAUUAUCAGAGACUUGAGAUAUGUUUAGUACGUAAGUGUUAUUUGGUAAAACCAUGAUCUCUGUGAUCACACUAUUAAGCGUAAAAUUUUAUCA